GGCCGCUGCCCGCGACACUCGCCCGCCCGCGGCUCCCGGGGCGGCCGCGGCUCCGCACCAUGGACCGGCUCAGCGUGCUGGACCAGCUCCUGCCAGAGCUCAGCGUUCUGCUCAAGCUGCUGGACCACGAGUACCUGAGUGCCACCACGCAGGAGAAGAAGCUGGCUGUGUCCACCAUCCUGCAGAAGCUGCAGCCACCUGCAGGGAAGGAUGUGGACUACAUGUACGUCAACACAGCGUCCCUGGGCAAUGGCACCAGCUUCGUGGAGUCCCUCUUUGAGGAGUUUGACUGUGACCUGCGGGACCUGCAGGACAUGCAGGAGGAGGAGGGGGACACCAGCGUUGGCUUGGAGCUGGCAGGGAGCCAGACAGCCAAACCUGUUCCUGUGGAUCCUGCUCCUCCUCUGCCCACCACUCCCCCUCCUGAGGAUUACUACGAGGAAGCUCUGCCCCUGGGCCCUGGCAAGGCCCCCGAGUACAUCACCUCCCGCAACAGCUCCAGCCCCCCCAACUCCAUCGAGGACGGCUAUUACGAGGAUGCAGACAGCAGCUACCCCGUCACCAGGAUAAAUGGGGAGCAGAAGAGUUCCUACAACGACUCGGAUGCCAUGAGCAGCUCUUACGAGUCCUACGACGAGGAGGAGGAGGAGGGCAAGGGCCAGCAGCUGACACACCAGUGGCCCUCGGAGGAGGCCUCCAUGAACCUGGUGAAGGAUUGCCGGAUCUGCGCCUUCCUCUUGCGCAAGAAGCGCUUUGGGCAGUGGGCCAAGCAGCUCACCAUCAUCCGGGAUGGCAAACUGCUGUGCUACAAAAGCUCCAAGGACCGGCAGCCACACGUGGAGGUGCCCCUGCCCACCUGCAACGUCAUUUAUGUCCCCAAGGAUGGGCGGCGCAAGAAGCACGAGCUGCGGUUCUCGCUGCCGGGCGCCGAGGCGCUGGUGCUGGCUGUGCAGAGCAAGGAGCAGGCUGAGGAGUGGCUCAAGGUGAUAAAGGAAGCCAGCAGUCCAGCAGCAGGCGGGAUGGAAGCCCCCACCUCGCCAGCGAUGCCGUGCAAGAUGGAGCUGGACAAGCGGCUGUCCCAGGAGAAGCACACCUCAGACUCGGACAGUGUGGCCAUGGGUGACACCGGGUCCCCUGCCACCCGCAGGGAGCACGGCGAGCACGGGAAAGGCAAAAAGAGCGGCCUGGCUGACCUGAAGGGCUCAAUGAGCCGGGCAGCAGGGAAGAAAAUCACCAGGAUCAUCAGCUUCUCCAAGAAAAAGCCAUGCCCCGAGGACACCCAGACCUCCUCCACUGAGGAGGACAUCCCCUGCUGCGGCUACCUGAGCGUGCUGGUGAACCAGUGCUGGAAGGAGCGCUGGUGUCGCCUCAAGGGGAACACGCUGUACUUCCACAAGGAGCGCUCGGACCUGCGCACCCACGUGAACGCCAUCGUGCUGCGGGGCUGCGAGGUGCUGCCCGGCCUGGGCCCCAAGCACCCCUUCGCCUUCCGCAUCCUGCGCCACGGCCACGAGGUGACGGCGCUCGAGGCAAGCUGCUCUGAAGACCUGGGCCGCUGGCUGGGUCUCCUCUUGGUGGAAACAGGCUCCCAGACAGCCCCAGAGGCCUUGCACUAUGACUACGUGGAUGUGGAGACCAUUGCCAACAUCGUGACGGCCGUGAGACACUCCUACCUGUGGGCCAGCUCCUCCCAGGAUCAGCGGGCAGACUCCUCUCGCGUGGUCUACGAUGAUGUCCCCUAUGAGAAGGUUCAGCAGACGGAGGAGGAGCCGGGGCGGCCGGGGGCCGCUCAGGUGAAGCGCCACGCCUCGUCCUGCAGCGAGAAGUCGCGGCGGGUGGACCCGCAAGUCAAAGUGAAGCGACACGCAUCCAGUGCCAACCAGUACAGGUACGGCAAGAACCGGGCCGAGGAGGACGCCAGGCGAUUCCUGACAGAGAAGGAGAAGCUGGAGAAGGAGAAGGCAUCGAUCCGCAGCGAGCUGAUGUUGCUGCGGAAGGAGAAGCGGGAGCUGCGGGAAGCCUUGAAGGGCAGCACGGGGCCGCGGCUGCAGGAGCUGGAGCAGCGGGUGGCGGAGCUGGAGGAGCGCUGCCGGCAGAAGGAGGAGUCUCGGGUCGAUCUGGAGCUCAAACUGACCGAAGUGAAGGAGCAGCUGAAGCAGUCGCUGGCAGGAGGGCCGGCCCUGGGGCUGGCCGUGACCAGCAAGGCUGAGAAUGGGGAAACUACAAACAAGCCAAACGGGAGCCCCCCUGAGCACUUGGUCCCUGUGAACUGUGCAGCAGAGCUGAGGAAGAGAAGCCCCUCCAUCAUCCCUGCCAACACGGGGAGCGUGCUGAGGAAAGCCAAGGAAUGGGAAAAGAAGCAGACUUAAGUCAGCCUGCCAAGCCCUGAACUCACAGUGGGGAUCACGGAGGAGCUGCCAGCCCCCUUUCUCUGAGACACUGGGAGGGUGCUGGCCAGGCGUGGUGGAAGAGCCCUUCUGCCAGCCCCACCACCAUGGCACCACCACCAUAAA